CGAUAUGGAUUUUACAGGGCUUUCUUAUACACAGGAUUUUUGACUGAUGAGGAGUGUAAUCAUCUCAUUUCUCUGGUUAGCCCUCAUUAUUUGAUUUUCAUUAGUGGUGAUAAAAUAUUAUUGGGAAAAAUACAGUUUGGUCCUUCAAUUUCUCACCAAUUCCAUAUUUGGCUGCAUAAAUCUAUGGUGACUGAUUCUGAUACCGGCGAGAGUGUUGAGAGUGAUAUUCGAACCAGUUCUGGUAUGUUUCUUAUGAAGGCGCAGGAUGAGAUAAUUUCCGGCAUUGAAGAAAGAAUUGCUGCAUGGACUUUUCUUCCUAUAGAAAAUGGGGAGGCAAUGCAAAUAUUGCAUUAUGAAAAUGGGCAGAAAUAUGAGCCACAUUUUGAUUAUUUUCACGACAAGGCCAAUCAAAAACUAGGUGGUCACAGGGUGGCUACUGUUCUUAUGUACUUGUCAAAUGUUGACAAGGGUGGAGAAACUGUUUUUCCUUAUUCUCAGGUAAUUAAAUUCUAUCCAUUUAUUAUUUUGCAAAAGACACACAAGCUAAGGGGGAUGACUGGUCUGAGUGUGCAAAAGAAGGUUAUGCAGGGUGAUGCAUUGUUGUCUUUUGGUCUUCAUCCAAAUAAUUCUUAUUCUGUUUCUUGUUUAUUAAUUUGGCUCUUUUUUAUUUUUGUGGUAGUGAAACCAAGGAAGGGUGAUGCAUUGUUGUUCUUCGGUCUUCAUCCUAAUGCAACCACCGAUCCAUCGAGUUUGCAUGGGAGUUGUCCUGUCAUUGAAGGCGAGAAAUGGUCCGCUACAAAGUGGAUUCAUGUGAGGUCGUUCGAUAUUCCACCUAGGCGACGAGAUCUUGGUUGUAUCGACGAGAAUCCAAAUUGCUCCGAUUGGGCUCUUAGUGGUGAAUGCGAGAAGAACCCUCUUUACAUGGUGGGAACUGAAGUGGAUUGGGGCUUUUGUAGAAAGAGCUGCAAAGUUUGUUCAUCUUGAACUUAGUCACAUUCUUCACUAGUUGAAUUUGGUUUAUGAAAAUUGGAUUAUACUAUAAAAUUUGUGUGUUUGGUUUGCAUGAUU